GCAUUACAAUGGAUUCAUUUGCUGAGAAUGGCUGUGAUAUUAGGCAAACAAAGGGAAAGAGAUAUGGGCCAUUAGCAAAGAUUCUGCCAGACAGCAAGAGGGUGGGUCCUACCUCCUUCGACUGAGAGAUAGUUAGCAAAUACAAAGGAAAGGCCAGUAAGUAGUGAAUAGGUCAAAACAAAAUAAAAAAAUCCUUCCAGUAGCACCUUAGAGACAAACUAAGUUUGUCAUAGGUUUGAGCUUUCGUGUGCAUGCAUGCACACUUGCUUUUUCAGAUACACUGAAGCAGACCCUUAUGUAUAGUCAGGGGGUGGGGGUGUUACUCAGUAGGGUAGUGGGAAUGGGCAACUGGCUGACAGGACUGGUAAACCUGCUGAUACAUGAUAAAGCUUUCUUUAGCACUUCACCCCUUGCUUUUUCCUGCAAGACCAAUUGCAGUCAUUAACAGUUGUUAGCAAUCAUCAGCAUCAUACAGCUGGAAGAGAGACCACAAGGGCCAUCCAGUCCAACCCCCUGCCAAGCAGGAAACACCAUCAAAGCUUUAUUAACAUAUGCCUGUCAAGCCUCUGCUUUAAGACCUCCAAAGAAGGAGACUCCACUACACUCCUUUUAUAUAUUCAUUAAAAACAUACACAAUAACAAAAAUGAAAUAAGAAAACAGAAAUGACCAAAAUAUAAAGAAAAUACAAAAUAUAAACACAAAUUAGCAAUAACCCAAAUUAACAAUAAAAUAUAAACACAAAUUAACAACAAACCAAAAUCUACCCUCCCAAAAUAAAUUUGAACAUACUUAUUCCAAAUUAAAUCCCUAUCCCCACCCCCUCUCCACCACAUGUGACUUCCAACCUCUCUUCUUCCUAAUGUUUAGGUGAAAUCUUCUUUCUUGUAGCUUGAAUCCAUUGCUCUGUGUCCGCUUCUCUGGAGCAGCAGAAAACAACCUUUCUCCCUCCUCUAUACGAUAUCCUUUUAUAUAUUUGAACAUGGAUAUCAUAUCACCCCUUAACCUUCUCUUCUCCAGAUCCUUUUCACAUGUACGCCUCUCAAGCCAGGUGUCUCCCAUCCUGUAUUUGUGCCUUUCAUUUUUUUUUGCCCAAGUGUAGUACCAUUUCUCCUUGUUAAAUUCCUCUUGUUUGCUUUGGCCCAGUUGUCUAAUCUGUUUAGGUCAUUUUGAAGUGUGAUCCUGUCCUCUGGGGUUCUAACCACGUGGGACCUUUUACCUGCUGAACUCUUUCUAGCAGCCUACGGGGAUUUGAAAUAAUAAAUAUACUGUUUUCCAGUCUGGAUUUGAAGUUGAUAGAUAAAUAGUUGCUACUGUGUAUAAUCUAAAUUAAUAAAUAACUUGGGAAUUAUCCCAUGAUUUGGCCCGGUACUGUAUUGUUCAAUUCUGAAUUUACUAUAAGUGUUUUUAAGACAACCGAUUGUUCGGAUUUAUUCCAGUUAUUUACAUUUAGAACUAGAAGACAUCGCGGCUGCUGCCUAAAUGGAUAUAAGAAGCUGGUUCCAAAAAGGCGGUAAGCCCAUCAAACGAAAGCAGGACGAUGAAAGAAGUGAAAGCAAUGACAAUGAUAGAACUCAACGGAUCAAAGCAUCAAAGAUUAUGGAUGAAGGGUCUAGUAAUUGUUGUGCACCUGUUCCUGCUACCUCAACAGCGAUUGAAGAAAAUGGUGGUGGCUACCAUGAGAACGACAUUGGUCGUUAUCUGGAUCAAACACUUAAAUUGUCAACAGAAAAAAAGAAGGAAUUGCUUUCAAAUCCUUGGAUUCCACCACAAAAGUAUGAUUUUGGUUCAGAUGCAAGCCAUUUGAAAAGAAAAUUUAACCGCCACUGGUUAGAUCAAUACACUCCUUGGUUGGUCUACUCCAGUCUUUUGAAAGGUGCUCUAUGUAAUUAUUGCGUUCUGUUUCCUCCUGCUAUUGGUACAAUAAAAGGAAUUUUGGGGUCAUUCAUAGUAAGGCCCUACACAAGGUUUAAAAAUAUCCAUGAAGAUUGCAAAAAGCAUGCCAGCAGCCACCACCACAAAAUGUCAACAGCUGCUGCAAAAGCAUUCUUGGAAAAUGUUCCUGUUGAUGUACAAUUGCAAAGUGGUCACCAGAAGAGGAUUGAGGAAAACAAACAAAUAUUAUCAUCAAUUAUUUCCUGUAUCAUAUUUUGUGGAACUCAUGAUUUGCCGCUUAGAGGAAAGGAAGGAGAUGAGGGGGUUUUCUUUGACCUUUUAAAUUUGAGAAUUGACUGUGGUGAUGAGAAGCUAAAGAGUCACUUGGAAAAAUGUCAGAAAAAUGCAAUCUACACUUCACCAAAAAUUCAAAAUGAGAUUAUAAAGUUAUGUGGUCAAGUUGUAAAAGAAAGAAUUAUCGAAGAUUGUAAACAAGCAAAAGCUUAUGCUGUAAUGGCUGAUGAAACAGCAGAUAUCGGUGGAAAAGAACAGCUUUCUAUCGGAUUGCGGUUCUAUGAUGAGAGUCAAAAAAAAAUCAGAGAGGAAUUUGUAGGCUAUGUUGAGCUGAAAUCUCAAGAUGCCCCUACAAUCGCUAGCGCAAUUCACAGUUUUUUGGUUGAUCAGAAUCUCCCAGCAGAUAAUUGCGUUGGAUUUGGAUUUGACGGAUGUUCUACAAUGGCUGGAAAAGAAGGUGGUGUGCAGGCCAUCCUGAAGAAAAAGUACAGAAAAUCUUUAUUUUUCCAUUGCUCAAGCCACAAACUAAAUCUUGUGGUCAAUGAUGCUAGCAAACUACCAGAAAUAAGAAACACAAUUGCAACGGUUAAGGAUACAAUAUCCUUCUUUAGAGAGUCACCAGCCCGCAGGAAUUCGGUUCCCAAUCUAUCAAGACUCUGUGAGACCAGAUGGUCUGAGAAAUACAUGAGCAUAAGAAAAUUUUCAGAAAGCUUCCAUGAAAUUGUCAAUGCACUAGAACAUCUCUCGGUUGAAGGAAACUAUGCUACAAGAAAAUCUGCCUAUCAAUUGCACUGUGCAGUUACUAAACCAAUUUUCAUCGUAGGUUUAGUCAUGAUUGCAAAAUACUCUGCGAUUUUGGAACCCGUUGUGAACAUUCUACAAGGUAAAAAUAUGGAUUUGAUUAUGGUGAGGGAACAUAUUGGUCAAAUCCUUGAUCGCAUCAAGACGGAUCGACAAGAUAUUGAGCAUGUUUCUGAUGAUUUACUUAAAAAAGCAAAUGAUAUAGCAGAGAAAGUCGGGGUUGAGUUAUCAGUUCCACGAAUGUCUCAAAAGCAAAUACACAGAAGUAAUCCGCCAUCUGAGACUGCGAUUGAAUACUGGAGACGGUCGUUAAUCAUCCCUUAUCUUGACUCCCUAACUUUAUCUUUGAAUGUUAGAUUCUCACACGAAAAUACACCUGCUUUUGCCUUAUCCCAUCUUCAUCCUUCAUACAUGCUACAAAUGGCCUCAAAAGAUUUGGAAGAAAAUGCAAAGUCUUUCAUGGAGUUUUAUGAGUUGGGUGGUAUCUCUGCAGAAUUAGGUUUGUGGUAUGAUCUGUGGAAAAAGAAGGAUUUAGCAGCAGACACAUUAAAGGACAUUGAAGUGGCUGCACUUUUGGAGGAAGCUAAUAGGUUUUACCCAACAACAAGGCACGCACUCCUAAUUUUAAGUGCUUUCCCGUCCACCACGGCUACUGUUGAACGAUCUUUCAGCACCCUUCGAAGAGUAAAGACCUGGCUCAGAAGUACAAUGGGACAGGACAGACUGACUGGGUUGUGCUUGAUGAGCGUCCAUCGGAAAUUCUUCAAGGAAAAUCAGGACUGGAUUGAAACGAAAGUUUUGAAAAAGUUUUCUUCAAACCCAAGAAAAAUGAUAUUAGUAUAAUACCAUGAGCCUCGGGGAACAUUUCUGGUCGUGGGGAGACUGCCUGCGCACAGCUAUCUCCUCUCCCAUGGGGUGUUUACUUGACUUUCCUACCGUAGGAAAGUCGGAGCUGGUCCUGUCCCACUGUGGGACAGAAGAUUAACCAAAGCCUAAGCCAACACUCCAUUUAAAAUUGUAAUUUAAAUAAAGUUGUGGCCAAAACAUGCCAAAAACCCAAACCAAAAAUGAUGUGUGUGGUGUGAGUUAUUGUGGGGAUUUUCUGGGGCCUUUUCCGUGCUGAAAUGUCACAACCUGGACGACCAUGGCUUGCCCCCCCCUAGAUUUGAUCCUGGGUACG